CAUAUCUCAAACAGUUGUUUUUUAGCUUCUGCAACAGCAUCUCCUCCACACAAAAUUCUGACCAGUUUUUUUCUCAUUUUACCUUCUUCUUUUUCAAUUUAGUGGUGUCGCUUUUUUUGCGAAUAGCAUAAAAUUCGCCACAAUGGCGUCCGCAAAUUACGUCCAAGCCUGGGGCGAUGGUCUCAACGUGGCGCAGGCGGGUCUUCCAGCCACUUUUCAUAUCAAUCCGAACGGUCAAGACAUGUCGGGAAUCACUUUUGGCGUGGAAGGUCCAUCCCGUCCCGACUUUCAAUUCCAGCAUUUACAAGGUGGCGUAGUUGCGGCGACGUAUACACCAAUUUUCCCAGGACCGUAUCGAAUUCAUAUCAAAUUUUUUGGUCGUGACAUCCCCGGAUCGCCGUUUGCCUUAAAUGUCGUGGGUGACACGUCCCAACAUGCCGAACAUGCUUCCGCCGUCUUCACUGGAGUUAAAGUUUCCGGACCUGCCAUCACUUCUGGGAAAAGUUUCAUCACGAACCAGUUCCUCAUGGAUACACGUGGGUCAGGGGUCACGGGAGGGUUGAAUGCGUACAUGGAAGGACCGGGCCGAGCGGAUGUCGGAUUUAAAGAAAAUUUAGACGGAACGAUCCACGUCCAAUACAAGCCCCAGAAGUCGGGAGCAUACCGACUCCAUAUCAAAUUUGGGGACACUCACAUCCAAGGGUCCCCUUUUCUCAUUAACGUUCAGUAGGUCAAGGUCAUCCAAUCUGUACAGAAUCGCUUACUAAAAUAAUUAUGUAUUAUUUAAUUGCUACAUUUAACUGCUCUUACAUAAAUAAAUACCUUACGUGUUCCUUCCACCCAUAAAAUACAAAUCCAGCCAAGAACUUACAUAAUUCGUGCCUCGCGUAUCUACAUAUCUGGGUCACGAUGUAAAUAAAUAAGUAAAUUAAGGUCAAAGUCACGUCAAUGUCAAAAAUUCCCUUCCGGAGAAAACUUGCUAGGGAUAUGUAAAAACGUGCAAUUUUUUGAAAUUAUACGUAACGUGACUGUACACAUGUAUUUCAUUCAUCUUCUUAAAUAUUGUCGCUAAUUGGUCCUGUGAAAUUGAGAAAUUGAGCCGAAACCGUAAUAAAAACAGAGUCUAUUGUGUUCUUAAACGGUG